GUGGUCGUCUAGGGUCUACGCGUCUGACGCGUCGACGCACGGGAAGGGCGCGUGCGUCAAGGUGGCCCCCCCCGACCUGGUCCCGGACGUAGGCCGCGGGGCCGAGAAGUGGAGGACUUCCUGGAGGGGCAAGUCCUGCUCCGUCGACCUCGACGCCGUGCUGGCGGUGCUCCUCGCGCAUCUGUUCCUGCACGGGUACGACCGCGCGACGGGCCGCGCCAAGCUGGGGCGGGCGCAGUUCGUUCAGCCCCUGAUGCGCCAUCCGCUGCCUCGGGGGGCGAUGUUCGCGACAGUGGGCGCCCUCCUGGCGCAGGGCCGCCUGUCCGAGGUGGAGUUCGUGCGCCUGGCCUUCGACACGUGCCCCCGCCCGAGGGAGGCCCGCCGCCUCGCGGCCGCCUCGUUCCUCGCCCCGCGGGUCGGGUCGAAGGGCGGCUACCAGCUCUGGGCCAGCCUGGUCAACGAGGCAGCCAGCGGCCGGCCUGGCCAGACGGGGGUGACCGACGAGAACGCGAUCGUGAACGACCCGUCGCUGCCGCUCUCACCCGCGCUGGUGUUCUUCGGCGGCCAGGUCGGGGCCAGGCUGCUGCAGCUGAUGGAGGUGGCGGCGAGGACGGGCACCCCCCCGCUCCGCCCGCCGCCCCUGGUGCCCGCGUCGGCGCUGGCUGCAGAGAGGACGGAUCGCGGGCUAGGAACAGUGGCCAUCAACCUAGCCAGACAUCGUGCAGCGGACGCCUCGGAUCCUCGCGCGUUGCAGAUGUUGCUGGGCUGGGUGCGAUCAUCGGCCGUCUCAGGGCUGUGGGCGUCCUUGCCGUCUGCGACUUGGCCCUCCAGCGGCGCUCGAUGCCGCCGCCUGGACGCCCCGCUCAAGGGCGUCAACAGUGAGCACACCAAUCUUCGCGCCAUUCGCGUGGCGGACGCCCUAGCAGAGUUUGUCUUUAAGUUGAUUCGUGAGUGCACGGCUCGCCAG